AUGACUUACCACGCAUCCUACUUUUGGCUCUGCAACUGCCUAAGCCGAGACGAAAUGGGCUAUGACGCCUACUAUGCCAACUUUGAAGCUAUCGUCACCAGCGCAGAACAAAUCAUCGCACUCUGCUCCGACCCCAAGCUCGUUUCCUUCACUAAGCCCUUCAGCAUGGACGCCGAGGUAACGCCUCCACUUUGGUGGACGGCUUAUAAAUGUCGCCAUCCGGUAUUAAGGCGGAGAGCCAUCGAUGCAAUGAAGCAGUAUCCCACACGAGAAGGCAUGUGGGAGAUGAAGCGACAAGUGAUGGCUGUUGAAAUGAUUGUGGAGCGAGAAGAAGCUGCUAUUUCUUUUUUACCUGUCGAGAGGCGACUCCCUGAUGACGACCAUCGGAUUUAUGCCUGGGUCUUCUGGCCAGCGGGGGAGUCGCUUCUGGCUCCGUGUCCGUAUCUCGUUAUUUCAAAAUCUGAUAUUGUAAACGGAGUAAUAAGUCAGCAAUGGCAGGACAUGUAUUGGUGA